CUCCCAGGGAGAAACACAGCUCUGAGAGAUGUGCCAGCUGAGGACAGAAAGAAUGUGCUGAAACCGCAGAUUGGGCAUGAACCAGUGUCUCCAUGAUGAGUCAAACUGAGCAGAUGGAGAUGGCAGGGCCGAGCAGCGGCAGCACACGGAUGAUGAAGAGGAAGGGCUGGGGAGGCCUGCGACAGCGCUGGAAGCUCCUGGGUGUGUUUGAAAUCGACCCGCAGCAUGAGUUCUACCUGCUCACCUGCAUGAUGAAGGAGGGACUGGCUACUGCUGUACAGAACACCAUCGACAACCCAAUAUCUAACGAACUCUCUGAAGAUGAUUACCGACUCGAGGUGACCCAAAUCCACAAGGACUUUAGGAUGAAGACGUUUGCAGGGCCGGUGUUUGCCAGCCUGCGGCGCUCUCUGGGGAUGACGGAGAAAGAGUAUCAGCGUUCUCUGUCCUCUGAAGGCUGCUACCUGCAAUUCAUCAGCAAUUCAAAGAGCAAAGCGGAUUUCUUCCUAACGAACGACAAACGGUUCUUCCUGAAGACGCAGAGCAGAAGGGAAAUUCGAUUCCUUCUCUCUCAUCUUAAGCAUUACAUGGAGCAUCUGGAGAAGUAUCCCCACUCUCUCCUGGUUAAGUUUUUAGGUGUUCAUAGCAUCAAGGUCGACCAUCGGAGGAAGUAUUUUAUAGUGAUGCAAAGUGUCUUCUAUCCUGAUGAAAGAAUAUGUUCCAGAUAUGAUAUCAAGGGCUGUGAAGUGAGCCGGUGGACGGACCCAGCACCCGAGGGGAGUCAGGUCAUUGUUGUUCUCAAGGAUCUCAAUUUUGAGGGAAAGUUUAUUACAUUAGACCAACAGCGACCCUGGCUGUUGCGUCAGGUGCAAAUCGACACGUCUUUCCUCCAGACCCUGAAUGUACUGGACUACAGCCUCUUGCUGGCUCAUCAGCCGCUGCAUCAGGACGAACGCCAUCCCAGCCUGUCCUUCGCCACCCUCAUCAUGCGUACCAAGAAGUCAGUGAACACGUGCUCCGGUGCUGCCGUCCCUGGAGCGGUGCCUGAGGACGACUCAACCAUACAAGCCACAGAGCUGGAUUCAGAGCCGUCUCUGCGUGGCAGAUUCACGGAGACAUCUCAGGCUAAAUUUGGAGAACAGAACAAGGGUGCUUCAAAGGCUGGAUCAGAAUCGGCUGAACUGAUAGAGUUUCAGACACAGAACCGGCGACUGCUGCCUAACUUCAAAAAUCCGAUUCACGUAAUAGACGGGCCAGAGCAGCGAUAUUUCAUUGGCAUCAUUGACAUCUUUACUGUUUAUGGCUUCAAGAAGAGGCUUGAACACCUGUGGAAGAGGCUGAGACAUCCUAGACAAAGUUUCUCCACCGUCAGCCCUCCUGCUUACUGUCUCAGACUGUGCCACUGGGUACAGGACCAUACCAAUUAGACUAUGAUUUUGGGGAGGGAGGGUAUGACUGGAAAAUGAAAAGAUUUGCUGAAAACAUGCCGUAGGUACACACAGACGUUCAUAUUAAAGCAAAAAAAAAAAAAAGAAUUUUGCUCAGUAAGAGUGUCUAUGUGUGUUGGCUAGCAUGUAGCCACAAUGCAAACAUAAGAGCUUAUUACUAAAGGGCUUUGGUUAAACAGAACAGGAUUACAGUACAGGCGCUACAAUCCCAUCACAAAGACACAACAAUGUCACUCUUAAAAGUUGACUAUAGUCUGAUUUGCACUUAAUAAGAUCGUAUAGAAAAGUAGAAAGCAUUUUUUUUGGUGCUAACAUUGUGGCUACAUCUGGAAAUCUGCUCGGUAAAAGUGGAAUUAGGAAACAUGGAAACAUUUUUUUUUUUUUGGUAAAAUAAACAAAGCUUCAAAGAGAUGACGAUGAUGCAUCCAACCGCAGCAUCAGUUUUCCAAAGCCGUGCAAAUGAGAAUACAUUAUAUUAUAGAUCUGAUGUAAAGUACAAUAAAAUAGUAAACAUUUCAUUUUGUUUUUUCUUUUAUUUAUUGAUAUUUUAUUCUAACAGCUGAAUAUGCAAAAUUUGAUAGAACUGGAUGAUCGUCCCGUUCAUUCAUUCAGUUCGCAUAUAAAGCUUGAAUUGAACAGACCAUGCGAUAUGACUGUGUACCAAAAUGAUGUUUGACUCACCUCACAAACAUAAGAUCACAGACUGUUAUGUAACACAGUUUGGAUAUUUUUGAACUCGUGUGCUGAAAUGUACUCAAAACUUUAAAAGAAGUAACCAUGAUAAUGCUAACACAGUGCUAGCACUGUUACUUCAGGUAUGUGUUGGAAUUGUGUUUGCAUGCAUUUGUGUGUCU